UACCUGCAGUCUUUCAAAGACUCGAUGGCUACCGACAUGCCCAUGGACACAGUGUCAGCUCCUCACCCUGCCCCGGCUUCUCCUCCUUCUCUCAGCCCCAGUGCAGCCCAAGACCAGAUUCCCACUAAGGAGCCAGCAAUAGCUGAAACCCCCGACACAGCAGUGACCUCAGAACAUGAUAUUCCUCCAGAUCUCACCCCAGCUCAGGCCACAGACCCGAGCGUGGCCCCCGAACCUGCUCCUGGUUGUGGGCUGCCACCAGGCCCUCUGCUGGCACCACCACCAGUUCCCGCCAAGAACCCCAGCUGCAAGAUCAUGACUUUCCGGCCCACCAUGGAGGAGUUCAAAGACUUUGCCAAAUACAUAGUCUACAUGGAGAGUCAAGGGGCUCAUCGUGCUGGCCUGGCAAAGGUGAUUCCCCCGGAGGGCUGGAAGCCACGCAGGUCAUAUGACACUAUCGAAGACAUGGUGAUUCCAGCUCCCAUCAUGCAGGUGGUGACCGGUCAGUCUGGUCUGUUCACUCAGUACAACAUUCAGAAAAAAUCUAUGACUGUGAGCGAGUACCGCAAGCUGGCCAACAGCAAGAAGUACUGCACACCACGUCACAAAGACUUUGAUGAUCUAGAGAGAAAGUACUGGAAGAACCUUACAUUCGUGUCACCUAUUUAUGGCGCUGAUGUUAGUGGCUCCAUCUAUGAUGAGGACAUUCAUGAGUGGAACAUUGGCCAUCUCAACACACUGCUCGAUAUGGUGGAGCAAGAGUGCGGCAUUGUCAUUGAAGGUGUCAACACUCCGUACCUGUACUUUGGCAUGUGGAAGACCACCUUUGCCUGGCACACUGAGGACAUGGACCUCUACAGCAUCAACUACCUGCACUUUGGACAGUCCAAGUCCUGGUAUUCUGUCCCACCUGAGCAUGGCAAGAGGCUGGAGAGACUGGCACAAGGCUUCUUCCCCGGCAGCUCCCAAGGCUGUGACGCCUUCCUUCGCCACAAGAUGACGCUGAUAUCUCCAUCCAUUCUGAAGAAAUAUGGCAUCCCCUUCGACAGGAUAACUCAGAAUGAAGGGGAGUUUAUGAUCACAUUUCCUUAUGGCUACCAUGCUGGCUUCAACCAUGGCUUCAACUGUGCAGAGUCCACAAACUUUGCCACUCUGCGCUGGGUGGACUACGGCAAGAUGGCUACCCAGUGUACCUGUCGAAAGGACAUGGUGAAGAUCUCCAUGGAUGUGUUUGUGCGCUGCCUGCAGCCUGAUCGCUAUGAGCUUUGGAAGCAGGGCAAAGACACCACGAUGUUAGACCACCUUAAGGCCACUGAGCUCAGCAGCCCCGAACUAGAGAACUGGAGGCAGCAUCGUGUCACCUACCGGGCUAACCUCCUGCGAAGGGCCAUGCAGAAGAUGAAGCAGGUUCGUCGUCUAAAGCUGGAGGAGGUCAAGGUGCUGGCGGAGGAGGGCAUUGAGCUGAACGCUGCCGAGUACCAGCGUCAGGUGGAGGAGCGCGAGGCCCAGCGGAGGCAGGAGAGGGAGGAGCGUCUAGCCAGAGAGGCCAUGAUGACCCUGGAGGCCAUGGAGCGUGAGGAGCAGGAGGCUGCUGAGGCUGCCGCUAAAACAGCAGAGAUCCCAUCUGUGGAAGAGCCAGAAGCCAAACCACAGAACUUGACAGAUGACGUUGAGAAAAAGAAGCCGAAAAAGCCAAAGAAGAUCUCCAAUAUCCAGAGUGCCAUGACUGGAUUUGAGGAAGCAUUUCAGCAGUUUGCUACAUCUGGCAUCAAUAAUUCUAAGAAAGCCACGGCCAGUCGUGUACGCACUGUAUCCCCAAGACACAAUGACAUCCCAGCAGACAACAAGAUGGACGCAAGCUACUCCAAGAUGAAAAUGCCAACAGAGGUGAAAAAGAGUCGCCGCCACCCCCUCAGCAAGCCACCCAUGCGCUCCCCUCUGUCCAUCGUCAAGCAAGACCCUAAAGGUGACAAAGAGCUGUCCUCACCCAUGCCGCUGGAUAGCGACAUGAAGAAACAGGAGCACCUGUGGCAGAAUCACUCACCCAACUUCCUGGCAGAGAAGGCUUUUAAUGCUGCAGUGGCUGCCCUCCAGCCAUACUGUGCUAUCUGCUCACUCUUCUGUCCCUACACGAAGCCGCAGAAAGACGGCUCAGUUGCAAGUGAAACCCAGCGUACCACCCCUCCCCGCCAUGGCAGCAUGACUCGUCCACUUGUCCCAGAGAUGUGUUUCAGUGUUGGAGCAGGAAACACGGAGCCACCGCCCACCAACUGUCACAUCGGAGAGGAUGGAACCAGUCUUCUGAUCCGCUGUUCAUCCUGCCAGAUGCAGGCUCAUGCCAGCUGUUACGGUGUGAAGCCAGACUCUGUCGGUAAUUCCUGGACAUGCUCCAGGUGUGCAGCAGGAGCCUGGACAGUGGAGUGUUGCCUCUGUAACCUGAGAGGAGGAGCUCUGAAGACUACCACAGACAACCGGUGGGUCCAUGUCAUUUGUGCCAUUGCUGUGGCUGAAGCUCGCUUCGUCAACGCUAUUGAGAGGCACCCAGUGGACGUCAGCGCUGUCCCAGAAACCCGCAAGAAUCUGAAAUGUGUGUUCUGCCACGGAAAGAAUCCUAAUCAGAACCGUGGCGCCUGCAUCCAGUGCUCGUACGAGAACUGUGCCACCUCCUUCCACGUCACUUGCGCCCAGAUUGCCGGCGUGAUCAUGACGCCUGCCGACUGGCCCUUCGUGGUGUCUGUCACCUGCCACAAGCAUAAAAGGGCAACCCCAAAGCCUCGAGCAGCGCCCAAAAGCCCACAGAGUCCGACCCUGGGCCAAAGGGUGAUUGGUCGCAACAGUGACUCCUGGUACUACCACUGCACCAUCAUUGGCAUGGCAACACAGACGUACUACGAGGUCAACUUUGAUGAUGGCUCAUACUGUGACAACUUGCACCCAGAGAACAUAUUAAGUCAUGACUGCCUGCGUAGCGGCCCUCCUGACACCGGUGAGCUGAUUGUGGUCAGCACACCAGAGGGUCAGGUCCUGAACGCCUCCUUUGUCAGACAACACACCCACAAGUUCUACCAGGUUGAGUUUCAGGACCAGAGUCAGCUGAUGCUCAAGCAGUCGGAGAUCUUUCAGCUGGACCAGGAACUACCCAAGAGGGUCAGAGCCCGACUUGCUAUCCCUGUGCCACAGGACGACGUUUCCUCAGCAGAUGAAGCUCAAGCAGCCAAACGCCGCCGUCUGCCCUCCAGCUCAGCUCCGCCUUCUGAUGCCCCCAUGGAGACGACUAAUGCCCCGGCCUGCCCCCUGGCCUCGGCCCCGGCAGCAACACCAUCACUAGAACUCAGUGUUAGUACACCGCCAACCUCACAACCUCUGUCCCAACCCACCGUGACCCCGCAGGAUGCCCCCGCUGCCCCACCGCCCGCUGGUAUUCAGAUGGACGCUGAGACCCCGAUGGACACCGGCGCCACCUUUACCGACGCUCUCACGGAGACGACGCUGGCCUCGGACCCCACGCUGACUCCACAGUCCACCCCCUUCCAGUCCACCUUAAACUCUGACCCCCUGCUGUCCGCCCCGUCCCCUCCCCCUCCGCCCCAGCACAUGUCCGACAGCUACACGCCCAGCACCGGCUACGUUUCCUACAUGGAGACUCUCCUCCAUUCACAUUUUCCUCAGGACGAUGGCUCCGGCCCCCUGUAUUAAAUCCAACUCCACUAUGUCGUUACUCGGCCGACGGAGGCGGAGCCAAUAGGAAGUAAGCUCAAGGAGGUGGAUUCUACUGAGUGCUGCAUUCACGGACAAAAGUUUCCUUCACCGGCUCUGAGAGCUCAAAGCAGGAGCAGGAGAAGAUACGGACACACGAGCACUCUUUUAAUGCAUGUUGCUUUUCUAUUUUUGAGUUAAUGUAUUUGCAGUGGUGCUUUAGCCUGCUCUGAAGCAACUGCGAAAGAGGACAAGGCUUUUUUAAUUUCUAAUAUUAUUAUUAUUAUGAUUAUUAUUAUUAUUUGUUUUUUUGUUUUUUUUAGACAGUUUUGCUUUUUUUGUUUGUUUUUUGUCAGCUGCUGUGCUUUUUUCCGCCAUCUUAAUAUAAAUACAUCUCUGGGUGGCAUCAACUCCAUACCUCGUUGCAUUAAUUCAGUAACAGCACACUCCGUUUUCUUUCUACAGGAAGCUAAUUACUAUUUUGACCUCUCAGCACUGAGGCCCUGGUGAACUUUAAACUCUGCUCUUUUCUUUUUUUAAGUCGAAUAACCAGCAACAAGAUAUCUAUUUUUCAAUCCAGCCACUCAUGGCUUUGAAACUGUUUGGUGGAACAAAAGUGUCACAUUGUCCAUCUGCAGGAUAUUUUCAGUAAGCUGUUUUCUUGUUGGAUUGCAAGAGGUAAAUGGGCACACAGGGGUUUAAAAAAAAAAAGAAGUGUAUUGUAGCGGGAAGUCAGUAUUUAAAUGUCUUAGUCAAAUAUUGAAAGAAUUAUUUGUUAUAGAACAAACAUGUUGAAUGCAAACACUAGUAGAUUUGUCUGCAGGAUGCAUUGAAUUUUUGUGAAGACGUGUCACAGUAGUUAACAGAUGAGACCUUUAUGUAUUGACGUCAUUCAAAUGGUCAUUUGGCGGCUCCACUUUUUACACCAAAACUCUCUCAGGGUUCCUACAUGUGGAAAAUAAGUUCACUUUUAGCAUCCAGUUCUUCGCACAGUCAAGGAUGUAACAGAAGAGUCUAGAAACAUUGCUCACUCAUGAUUGACACAUGGAGCUUGUUGCUGAUCUUGUCACAUUUGCUCUGCACUGAGGGACAUCUGUUUAACGUCACAUAUCUCCUGUUGGCAGUUGAACUGGCCAGAACUGUGAAGUUGGUUUAAAUGAAUGAGAGUCUAGGAAAUCCCAGGUAUCUGGAAAAAGGAAUAUAUGUAGGAACCCUAAAAUCUGGAUAUAUUGUACCAUUCUUGGUUUGUAUAGAUCAAUAUUGUAUAUUGUUACUGUUGUCUGUUUUUUCUAUUACUGUAUUGUAUCCUUUGUAUGUUCAUUUUCUGAACUGAAUUCACAAACUUGGCCGAUCUAAAAUAUUAAUACCUUAAUUUUUAGCAGUUUUUUGCAGGCGUAUUACUCAGUUUGUACCGAUAAUUACAUGCUCUUCUUUUCCCGGGUACGGCCAUUUUGUGCUUCAGAGGUGCUACAGAGAAACUCAACUACUGACAGACUGACUUUUUCCAACACUGUCACCUUGUACAUACCACGGGCCUUGUAUUGUGAAUGGAAUUUGUAAAUGUCACACCUUUCUUUUCCCCUUUUCUGUUUUUUUUUUUUUCCUGUCACCACAACUGAAAUGUUGGAACAAAGAUGAGUUCCUGUAUCCAAAAUGACGUUCAUCCAGAAAAUCGUACAUCAUGGGGAUUAAAGUGGGUUGCUAGUCGCCA